AUGUCAGAUAUUUGUACCGCUCUUGAUAACUAUGAAAACGUUGAUAAAAUGGAUGCCCACUUUUUCUUCCAUAAAUCGUUAAGUUUAAUUAAUGACGAUGAAAAAAUGUCUCGAGAAGUCCGUGACGUUGCCCAGCGACUCUUGAAAAGCAAAAAAACCGAUGUUUUUAAAGCUAAUAAUAGCUUCUGGAACACUUCGUCACCAACAUCGUCAUCGUCCCAUAAAGGAAACAAAGAGAAAGUGCCUACUAAAGAUGGCAAUGGGUGGUCAGCGGUCGGUCAAUAA